CGAAAUGUUGUUCGAGAUACAUCAAGUUAUCCUUUAAUCCGGUGGAGAAUCCAACUUCUUACAGGUAUCCCUAUUAUGGAUUUUAUAAUGUUUCUGAAUCUUUGAGAAUAGUUACUCCGGAAAUGAAUGAUAUUGGAUACAAAGACUCUCGGUUUCCGUUAUUGUCAGAAAGGUAUUCGUUCUCUAAGAAAGAUUUUUGUAAUAAUGAAACUGCGUCUGCGAAUAAGAAUUGUACCAAAGAGUAUUGCCAUUGCACACAUGUUGUUGAAUUGCCGAUAAAUAAAGUGGUGGAACUUGUGAUUUAUGACAAUGGUGUUCGUCAAGCUCAUCAUCCUAUGCAUCUGCAUGGUUUUGGUUUUCGUGUCGUGGCAUGGAAACGCCUUGGAAAUUUAACUUCGCGAGCAGAUAUUGAAAGCUUAGAUAAACGCGGUUUGAUCACCAGAAAUUUAAAGGAUCCUAUCAAGAAGGACACUAUUCCUGUUCCACGUGGAGGCUAUGCUAUUGUUAGAUUUAAGACUGAUAAUCCAGGUUUUUGGAUUUUCCAUUGUCACGUUGAUAUCCACGCCGAUGAUGGUAUGCGAAUGGUUUUUAAAGUUGGCUCCAAUCAGGACAUGAAACCUGUGCCACAAGAUUUUCCAAAAUGUCGCAGUUAUGAGAACGCAAAAGUUCAAUCAAGAAUUGCUCGCAGAAAGGGACAUGAAUUGUUGUAAAAAACAAAUGAUAAAAUGUUUAAUAGCAAAUAUUGUUUAUAUUAAACAUUUAGAACUAAUAAUUUAGGAUUUAUUUGUUGGCAAAUAUAUUACUUUAUCAAAGAA